AUGCAGUUCAACAUCAUUGCCUCUCUUGUCCUCGUCAUUGGCCUCGUCGCGGCUACCCCAACUCCCGAGCACUCUCUCGAGAAACGCGAGGAUCGACCUGUGUGGCGAGUUCGUGCCUUUACAGACGAUCUCUGCAACGAAGACAACGAGACUGGAACUUGGUCACAUGACCAAGAAAAGUGCGAGAACCUGGAUAACUUCUCCGUCGAUGUCCUCGGCAUCACUGGUGAAGUUGAUGGAACCAUCUUGGGCGCCGCGUGCAGCUGGCAAAUCAUGGCACAUAGAGAGUUGGACUGUGAGGGUGCACUCCCAGAGGACCGACCUGUUAGCACAAGCAUCUGCAGGAACGUUGGUUCAUCUUUUGGAUCAGUUGAGCGAAAUCCUAUCAAGAGCUUCAGUGUUGCCAAGUUCGGUCCCUGCGACUAG